GCUCAAACUUUUUAUUAUGAUGUAUUUUAUUAGGAUCUGAUUUCAUUUUUUAGAUUAAUUAUGCCUCUCAAUCGUCAUGUCACCCUCGGAGGGUAAACGAAAUCUGUUCUCGGAUAACAUUUGACUCCUGGGUUUUGAAAGGGGGUGCCAUUGUAGCAGGGUACUGACCCACAUCUGAUAAACCUUCGCUGUUAUGAUUCCUUUUUCUACGAAGAAAGAGUAUAUGCGUGCUACUGUCUUCUUUCCCUUAAUGGCCUAUCACCCUUGUCUGCGGUUUCAUUCCGUUUUUAAUUCAGUUUAAUAAAGGAAUCACCGCAAGAUAUCCCGGGUGUUUUCAGACCUCACAUUUUCUUCAACAUAUGGUUAUUUUAUUAUUCACAGUUAUUAAUGUUCGAUUAACAUGUCAAAAUUCUAUUUCCAAAUUUUUCUGCUCAUUCUUACAAUUACAGUUACUCAUGUUAGCAGUGGUUAUAGUGGGUAUGGCAAAAUUAAGGGAGGUAGAGCUGCUAGAAGCGGGGAGUUUCCGUUCAUUGGUCACUUAGUGGCCUCGUUGUAUGGCAAUACGGUAAAAGUAUGCGGAUGCGCAUUGGUAACAGUGACUAAAAUUGUUACUGCAGGUCAUUGUGUAGUUGUAUGGGAGGGUGGCCAAAGACAAACAGUCAAUAUAGGAAGAUCAAGAGUAUAUUUUGGUACAUUAUAUCUCUUGGCAGAUGACGCCCAAGUAGCAAAGCUUAAAACUGUGAAGUAUCCCAAAGAUAUAAGAAAGAGAAAGUAUGGUGGGUUGAUGCACGACUAUGCCACUGCAGAACUAGUUACAGCCUUACAGCUCAACGACAGAGUGAAACUUAUAGCACUUUACUCAACCGACAAGGACGAGUUUAAAAACGGUUGGGAUGAAAUGGUGGCUUCGAGAGCGCGCUGUACACUUAUAGGGUGGGGAUCAUCAUCGUAUAAAAUCGUCAACGAUACCAUUGUAACUAGUGGUCCUAAUCAAUUUUUAAAAACGACCAUAGCUCAGCCAUGGGAAGAGCAAAGAUGCCAAGACUUUUCUGGUCCUCCGCGCGAUAAUAUGGUACCUUUUGGUCAAGUUUGCCUCGAGGGCGUUACUCGAGGUGAGACUACACUUGCAGGAGAUUCCGGUAGUCCUUUGCUUUGCGGCGAUUACGUCUGGGGUGUGGCCACAUCGAUGUCCGUGGAUACAACUGGACAACAGCCUAUGCAAUAUCUUUUACAUUGGCAUUACUUGAAUGAAUUUCUGUUCGCUAACACCGGCAAAAAAAAAGAUGGAGGCGGUAGUGGUUGGUUUAGCAGUUGGUUUGGCGGUGGUGGUAACAAAGAUAGCGGUGGCGGCGGAAGCGGCGGAAGCGGCGGAAGUGGAGGAAGUGACGGAAGUGGCGAAGGAGACAGCGGUGGCGGCGUUAUUUCCAGCUCAAGAUGUCCAGAAAUUUCAUUUUCACUUUUUCUUCUAAUUUUGUUCUUGGUACAAAAACAGGAAAUUUACUAGAACAUUUAUGUAAUCACACUUUUGCAUACUUUUAAAUAAAACAUUUAACCCAG